UGCGUGGCAGUCAGCUACUUAACACUUAUCAAUUUGGACGCAAAGCGGAGAGGAAAGGAGUACUGCGCAUGCGCAACCGAUUUAGCACGGAAGUAGCAGCACUAUCCACACAGUCGAAUAGAGAUACAUAUUUACGCCACACACAAACACAGGCACAGCCUAUACAUGUUAUAUACAGCAUAAACAGUAGGUUUUGCCAGGUUUCUCUACCUAAGUCUCUUUUCCCUCCCGACAAGCUGAUCACGUGACCAGCUGUCUCUUCCCGCUAAACUCCGGAACGGAAGAAAUGUAAUUUGCAGCUGAUGUUAGGAAGCUCUGUAUCUCCUCUGACAGACUGUUGUCGGUAAAGGUAAAUUUUAGCCUUGUACAGAAUUGAAAAAAAGCAACUGCAUGGGGCCUUAUCCAGGCAGUGAAUGGCCUAAUGCCUUGCGCUGGCUCUAGCUCUAAUAUUGGCCCAUUCGGGUUGCCGUACGGAAAGGAUUUUCCCUACGCACGCAUGGGUAAAGUAAGAGACGCUGCUGCCCAGACAACAAGUCAUGUGACCAGUAGUAGCAUGAGGCACCUUGCUAGUGAAUGCCGGCUUGAGAUCUGCAAGUUGGGAUACACUGUCUGUAUUGUUGUUGGUAAUGUGUGGUAUGUACAGUUAUUUGCCUAAUAUUCUCUGGUGACCCAUCAUGCCUGCUAAGAAAAGAAAAUCAAUGGCACCUGAAGGCAAUACUUUAGCGACACUUUCCAUCCAUUCUUAUGGCAUCAUGAGCCUUGCAGUGUUCGCUUGUGUGUCUGCGAUAUACAUAAAUACGUUACACCCGUCAGUGCCUGGUGGAGAUUCAGGGGAGCUGAUCACAGCCGCAUAUGAGCUUGGAGUUGCACACCCUCCUGGUUACCCACUGUUUACUAUCUUGGCUAAAAUGGCAAUAUUUAUUUUGCCCAUUGGUUCGGCUGCGUACCGGGUAAAUCUUCUGUGUAGUCUGUUUGGAGCAGCAUCAGCAUCUCUUCUGUUCUAUACAACAUCUAGGCUUACUGGCUCGUAUGCGGCAGGAAUCCUUGCUUCAGGGUUGUUUUCGUUUUCCCGUCUAACAUGGCAGUGGUCCAUUGCAGCUGAGGUUUUCAGCCUGAACAAUCUGUUUGUGGGGCUGCUUAUGGCUCUUACAGUAGGGUUUGAGGAGGCAAAGACUACAAAAGACAGAUCAAAGAUAUCUCAAUUUGGCGCUUUCUGCUGUGGAGUUAGCCUGUGCAAUCAGCACACUAUUGUUUUCUAUGUUGUAAGCAUUGUGUUGUGGGUCCUUUCUCUCCAGUUUAAGAAACAGGAAUUGUCUUUGUACCGCUUGUUGAAGUUGGGAAUAUGCUUUGCUGUGGGGCUUUCUCCUUACUUGUACUUAAUUGUCUCGUCAUAUUUGAAUCGAGCAAGAUGGACCUGGGGAGAUCAGACAACCAUUCAAGGGAUUGUUACUCAUAUCCUUCGAGAGGAGUAUGGGACAUUCAGUCUGGCUAAAUCAGAGACUGGACCUGGUAUGAUGGGAAUGUUGAUUUUCCAGAUCAGUCACAUGAACACAGAGCUCACUUAUGUAGCACAAGGCCUUGCACUUCUUGCUUUGUUGUUCUGCUUUGUAACUAGAGACAAAAAAGCCUCCAUGGUUUCUUUAUUCACCGUAAUGCUCGUUUGCUAUUCCUUAUUCUUUGCCUGGAGAGCAAAUUUAGAUAUCUCAAAGCCACUCUUCCUUGGUGUGGUGGAGAGAUUCUGGAUGCAGAGUAAUUUUGUUGUUAGCCUUUUUGCAGGCCUCGGCAUGGCCUUUUUGACCAACAUUCUAAAAACAAAAAUGAACAGAACUGAUAUUGUUCAGUUUAUGGAAUGGAUAUGUGCCCUAGUGGUGAUUUCUAACCAGAUUAGAACUAAUUACAGCAUUUGUGAUCAAAGCAACAAUUAUAUAGUAGAUCAGUUUGCAAGGAAUCUUCUCUUUUCAAUGCCAAAUGAUUCGAUUAUCUUACUAAGAGGUGACUUGCCAGGCAAUUCAUUGCGUUAUCUCCAUUACUGUGAAGGCCUCAGACCUGACCUGGCACUGGUCGACCAAGAGAUGAUGACAUAUUCAUGGUAUGUACCCAGACUUGCAAAGCAUAUGUCCGGUGUAAUUUUCCCUGGAAACAAGUGGAGUCCAGUGGAAAUAAAACAUGCUGAUGGAACAACAACCUUUAACCUUCAUCAUUUUCUCAAAGUAAAUAAACAUAAAGAAAUAUUUUCCUGCAUAGGACUGAAUGAAGGGGAUCUGACGUGGCAGAAAAGCUAUUCUUUAUGGCCAUGGGGGGCUUGUGAGAAACUGGUCCCUAAAAGUACUCCUUUUGAUGCAGAGGAAUGGAUUGCGCUUACAAGGAAUCUGUACAACUGGACAGAAGAGCAUGGAAGGUUUCACUCUUCAUCUUGGGAAUCUGUAGCAAAUGAAGAGAUGUGGGAAGCACGGACAAAGACAGCAUUUUUUAUAUUUGAUCUGGCAGACAAUGCUCAUUUGUCCCCUGCAGUAAAAAAUCAACUCUAUUACUAUUCCUAUAAGUUGUAUAAAGAGAUUAUAAAUGGGCACAAUAACCAUCCAAUAAACUGGAGCAAAAAUUUUGCCAUUGCCUGUGAAAGAGUCUUACGCCAGCAAAGAGCAGAUGUCAACCCAGAAAUACUUCUAAAUGACGCCAUCAAGUACUUUUCCAUAUACGUGGAGAAGGCACGAGAAGAUAAACAAAGGGAUGCAAUAUUCCAAGCAGUAGCGUAUUUAAAAGAAGAACUUGCCCGAUUAAAGAAGAUCAAAAGCAAUACAAAAUCAAAAGAAUAAGAAAAAAAGAUUGCCUGUUUCUCAGCAAUCAUGCCAGCCUUGCCUGCAACAGAGUAUUUGUGCAGAAGAACUGACAUUUCAUUUGCCAGAGCAGUUGCACAAAAUUCGCUACCCAAGUGCUGUUUAUUCUUAAUAUACUUUUUUUUUUUCAUUUUGGGUUUUAAACUGUAUUAACUUCAUUCAUGAAUUUGAAUUAGUACAAUGUAUGUAUGUAAUGGAUCUUUCAAGAACCUCAGUCUGUCAGUAUAUGUUUACUGAUUAUGUAUUGUAAUUUUUUUUCUGAAGUGAUAACUGGGUUUCAAACAUUACGCUGUAAAUUGUUGUAUUGCCAAAUUGGAAAUAUUGCCAUUCAUAGUAAGUAAUGGAGUUACUACGAUUAAAUCAUCACUUGGCGAAGUAGAUUCCCUCCUGUUUCUGGUUAUAGAAGCUUUCUUAUCCCCUUGCUCUGCCCAGCGUAGUGUGGACAGAUGGCUUCUCUGAUGCAGCCACAACAGUUCUGAUUGGUUGUUUUCACACAACUAAAGAUGUAUGCUCAUGUUUGAAUGAAAUGCUGUGAUUUCAAGACAGACUUAACUGAAAACUCUCAAACAAUGUCAUAAUGUGUUACAUCCCACACAGUCUAAAUCUGUGUUUCCAUUACCAUAUGUAAGGGGACUGGGACUAUUGCCAUUGCAUUUUUAUACUACUGUAUUAUACACUAAAGAAAAAUACACAAAAAUACGUUGUGUCAAGCUUAAAUCCAAUUAGCUAAAUUUUAUUUCUGAUUUUUUUUAAUGAUUUUGCUUUUCAAUAGCGAACAUUCUACAAACAUGUCUGGAACGGCAGGAUUCCUGCUAAGAAAGUUCUGCUAAUCUAAGUGUAAUGAUCAGUGUUGCAGACUUGGUGGUACGCCUUCUGGUAUUGUAGAUGGAUAGCAAACAAGCAAAGCUGAUGUGGUGUUUGUUCAUCUCUGUUGCAUGAAGUUGUUGCCAAGUAAACUGGAUUUUUUUCUUUUUUGGUUAA